AUGUACCCGUCACUUCGGAUGUUGUUUUGCUUUGUUUUCCUCUGCAUUUACUACGUUAAAAAGGCGAUGAGCGUCGGCCUCUACUGGUCUGCAAGGUCUGUUAGGUACUUUACGAACCGAUAUGUUGGAUUUGGCAUAACUUUGUUACUUCUCGUGUCCUGCAGUCUCGUGAUGUUGUGCCACUUGCACCUUGCCGUGUUAACCAACAAGCCCACUAGGUUUGAUGUGUGUUUAACUGUCCUGUUUUUAUCGCUAAUUUUCCUAGCAUUUUGGUCAUUUGGUUUCUGCUCUUUUGUUAACCCGGGUCUUGCGCCGGCCUGGCUUGCUGAGUCUCGUGUAGAGGGCUUUGUGCGACGCAUGCUUUCUGACCUACAAAAGAUGGAGGAGGUAGGCACAGAUUGGUUGAACACUACCGACCCUCAGGAGGAUUCAAGCAGCCGCAUAGCAAUGAAGAAGGCGCUCGCGGUCCUGCAGGAGCGGGCGAGACGUGACAGUUGCGGCAGUAGUGGAAGUGUGGCAAAUUAUGAUACCGUCGGUUGCAGUGAGAGGGACAGUUUGUUAGGCAAUCAGCAGCAACACGAAGUGCCGUUGCGGCCGUUUCGGAGUGAUCCAGAUCAAACUGCCCCACGCCGUCGUGAGUCGCCCGAAUCACACAGUCCAAUGAGGGGCUAUAGCCGACAGUUCCUCCGCGUUGUUUCGGAGGCUAUUGGAGCGCUGGAUAGUACACCGGAGAAUUUCGAGCAGGAAAUGUCUUUCCUUCUGGGCGGCAUACGCUGGUGUCGCUAUUGCCUGUUGUACAAACUUGAUGAGACACACCACUGCUCCACCUGCCGCAGCUGUGUGUAUCACAUGAAUAAUCACUGCCCUUGGAUUGGUCAAUGCAUUGGAAGAGGAAACCACAAGUGCCUCUUACUAUUUGUUGGAUAUGUUUCGUUAGCGGCGUUGGUGGUCGUUAUCCACGCUAUUAUCGCCGUUAGGUCGGGCAAGGUGAGGCUGUUGUCACUGGACGCCUCCAUUUCCUUUUCGUUCUUCUUUUUAGUAUGCGUCUUUACAGUGCUGGUUAUGGUGCCGUUCCUUGUGACUGAACUGCGGUGGUUGGCGAGGGGUGAGGGAGCGCUGCGUGCCAUGCGGCGGCUGAUACGCCAAAGGCACAACCCUCUGCACGGCGGGGAGUCUUCUAGUGGAGCUGGUGCCAGUGCAGAUAGUUUGUCUCACCGCAGCAAGUUGCAGAACCUUCGUUUGGUGUUUGGCACAGACGAUGUUUUCCCCUAUUGGUUUCUUCCCACUUUUCCUCAAUGGCCCCCGCGUGAGGAACAGGAGGCAGCAUUUUGGGACAAGGUUGGGGACACAAUUGUGAAGCAACUGGUGUCAGCAAUGGUUGAUGAGUUGGAGGAUGGUAGUGUGGGUGUUAUUUGA